GAGGCGCGUAUCGAAGGAAUCCCACCACUUGAUGCACCAAUGCGACAUGAGAAGCUAGGGUGAUAGCUCGCCUUAAGCAAGAUGCAUAUCAAGCAGAUCUCGAUACAAGGCUUCAAAAGCUACAAAAACCAGACAGUCGUCAACCCGUUCUCUCCCAAACUCAAUGUUAUUGUCGGGCGCAAUGGAUCUGGCAAGAGCAACUUCUUCGCAGCGAUUCGUUUCGUCCUCAGUGAUGCUUACUCACAGAUGGGUCGCGAGGAGAGGCAGGCACUCAUCCAUGAGGGGACCGGGUCGGCAGUCAUGUCUGCGUACGUAGAGAUCGUCUUUGAUAACUCUGACGGUCGCUUUCCUACCGGCAACGACGAAUUGAUCCUGCGCCGUACGAUUGGCCUGAAAAAGGACGAAUACUCUCUCGAUCGCAAGAACGCGACCAAACAAGACGUCAUGCAACUUCUGGAGAAUGCAGGCUUCUCACGGGCGAAUCCCUACUACAUUGUUCCUCAAGGUCGAAUUACGCGAUUGACAAACAUGAAGGACUCUGAGCGACUUGACGUGUUAAAGAGUGUGGCUGGUACGCAACAGUUCGUGGCAAAAAAGGAGGAGUCGCAGAAGAUCAUGAGCGAAACGAACAACAAGCUCCUCGCAAUCGAUCAGACCUUCGAGCAGAUCAAUGAGCGCCUCGGCGAACUCGAGGAAGAGCAAAAAGAGUUGCGAGAUUUUCAGGAACAAGACAAGGAGAAGCGAGCUUUGGAAUAUACCCUGUUCAAUCGAGAGCAAGACGAAAUCAACAAAGCCCUGGCAGAUUUGGAAGACAAAAGAGCAGGAGGAAUAGACGAUGCUGAUGAAAACCGUGACCGUUAUGCAGAAGGUGAGGAUGAGUUGGCGAGAAUUACUCAACAAAUCCAAACCCUCAACCAGCAAAUCCAUGCCGCCAGACUCGAAAAGAAACAGUACGAUGACGAGAAGCGCGAGAAGGCCAAGGCACGGGCGCAGGCAGAGCUAGAGGAGAGGAACCUCUCCCAUGGCCAAGCUGCGGCUCAACGUGCGAAACAAACUCACGACAGAGAAUUGCAGCAAGUCCGGGCGGAGAUACAAAAGGCGGAAAAAGAACUCAAUAGUAUCAUUCCACAGUUUGAAGCAGAGGUCGCUAAGGAGCAGUCCGUGAAGAGCCGCUUGGAUGAAGCCGUUGCGACACAGGAACGGCUUUAUGGCAAGCAAGGAAGAAACGCUCGUUUCAAGUCGAAGAAAGAUCGGGAUAACUGGCUUCAGGCACAAAUUUCAGAGGCUUUCGAGUCACUGUCCCGUUUCAAAGCCACCAGAAUGCAGACAACAGAAGGCAUACAAGAAGACCAAAAGGCGAUCUCUAGCCUCGAGAAAGAAAUUGAAAGCUUACAGCAGCAAGCAGGAGGCCAGGACGACUCAAUUGACCAAGACAUCCAAAAGGCUCAUGAGCGAAGAGAAAGCCUUAUGGAUGAACGAAAACUUCUUUGGCGCAGAGAGGCACAACUUGACUCCGAAUAUGCAGCCGCACAGGAUGACUUAAGAAAAGCUGAACGCAGCCUGUCGCAUAUGAUGGACGGAAAUACCAGUCGAGGUCUGGAGGCUGUGCGUCGCAUCAAACAGCAACACAAUCUCCAAGGCUGUUUUGGUACUCUUGCGGAGCUCAUUGACGUGCCCCAGCACCAUACUGCAGUGGAAGUCACAGCAGGAAACUCGCUGUUUCACUAUGUCGUCGACAAUGAUGACACAGCCACCAAAGUCAUGGAGAUCUUGAAUCGGGAACGAGCUGGUCGGAUCACCUUCAUGCCUUUGAAUCGACUGAAUCCAAAGUCCGUGGCUUUCCCCAAUGCCCAGGACGCAAGACCUCUCAUGUCCCUCAUCAGAUAUGAUGAAAAAUAUGAGAAGGCGGUACAGCAGGUAUUCGGCAAAGCAAUCAUCGCACAAAAUCUCAGCAUUGCAGCCCAGUAUGCAAGGACUCAUGGACUCACCGCUGUAACUCCUGAGGGUGACAGAUCUGACAAGAAAGGUGCAUUGACGGGUGGAUAUCACGACGUACGUGCUUCGAGACUGAAGGCGACGAAAGCUGUCCUGGCAGCUCGGGAGAAGUUCGAAGCGGUCAAAUUUGAGAGUAGUGACAACAAGAAAAAGAUUGAAAAGAUAGACCAGACAAUCACAAAAGCUAUGAGUGACCUCCAGAAGCUCGAGCAACGAAAGAGUCAGUCCCAAGGCAAUCACAGAUUGCUCAGGCAGGAGAUCAGAAACAAGAUGGACAUGCUUCAACGGAAGAAGGACGAUCUUGAAGCGAAACAGAAGCAAGAGGCGAUUAUUGCUGCCAGCGUCAAGCGCUUGACCGAUUCACAGAAUGCUUUCCAGGCCGAGCUGGGUUCAGACUUUAAGAAAGCACUGACACCAGCUGAAGAGACACAGCUUGAAAACCUCACCGCAACUAUCCAGAACCUACGACGAGAGUACAACGAGCUUUCAGCUUCCAGGGCAGAAACCGAGACGAGAAAGGCAAAUCUGGAAGUUCGCUUGAAUUCGAGUCUCAGACCUCAAUUGGCUGCACUUGAAGGGGACGACUUCGAGAGUGAGGGCAACGUCCCAGCCAAUUUGGGUGCCAAGAAGGCCGAGCUGGCACGUCUAACCAAAGAACUAGACGCUGUACAAGAGAGCCUGGAUGAGCUCGAAGAUCAGAUCGAGACGUGGACAGCCCAAGUUGCCCAGCUGGAAGCAGAAGCUGCUGAGACUCGACGACAGCAGGAUGAGCUCGCGAAAGCUAUCGAACGCCAUCAACGUCGGCUCGAGAAGAACGUACAGAAGAAGGCGGCUUUGCAAGCCUCGAAACAGGAAGCAAUUGACAAUAUUCGUGAAUUAGGAGCAAUACCGGAAGACCUGCGACAGAGAUAUCGCAAAACGGACUCCAAUACCAUUGUCAAGAAACUUCAGAAGGCCAAAGAAUCUCUCAAGAAAUACAGUUCUGUCAACAAGCACGCUUUCGAGCAUUACCGAAAGUCAGCCAAACAGCGCGAGGAGUUGGAAGCGAGAAGAAAGGAUCUCGAAGCUGCAAAAGCAUCGAUCCAGAAUCUCAUCGAGGUUCUCGAUCAGAGAAAGGACGAAGCCAUUGAGCGUACGUUCAAACAAGUCAGCAAAGCAUUCGCCGAGGUCUUCCAGAAACUCGUCCCGGCAGGUCGUGGCAGAUUGAUCAUUCAGCGCAAGACCGACAAGCGACAAGCCGGUGAUGACGAGUCCGAAGAUGAACAGCCUGUCAACAAGCGUGGAGUGGAGAAUUAUACCGGCGUGGGUAUCAGUGUCAGCUUCAACAGUAAGCACGAUGAUCAACAGCGCAUUCAGCAGCUCAGUGGCGGGCAAAAGAGUCUUUGCAGUCUUGCACUUAUCUUCGCCAUUCAAGCAACUGAUCCAGCGCCUUUCUACAUCUUCGAUGAGAUCGAUGCCAAUCUGGAUGCCCAGUACCGUACCGCUGUCGCGGACCAUCUUCUGUAUCUUGCGAAUAGGGCGGAUGAGCAGCCCGCGGAUGGAGACGACAGGCCUACCGGAGGUCAGUUUAUUUGCACAACGUUCCGACCUGAGAUGUUACGAGUCGCCGACAAGUGCUUCGGAGUGCGAUUUGGCAACAAUCUCAGCAGUAUUCGAGAAGAGACUAAGGAGGAUGCACUGGAUUUUGUUGAGAGUCAAACGCAAUGAUUUGACGCUGCGCUUCGGUGAUUGAGAUGCGGCUCAUGCCUUGUUAUCAGUGAAGAGUGCAAUGACUUUGAUUACUCUUCGGCACUUGAUGAUGGUCCAAGAAUUUUUGGGCAGGAAUUUGCGGAGCUUUAAGGCCUAUGAGCGAAUACGAGCUAUGUAACAACCAGACAGGAGACAGUUCAACAGUUGAUCAUGAUUGAUGAGUUUUCCGAGGCCGUGCAACUUGUGCCCGGAUCAAAGUACUUUGAGCACGACGAUGAAAGUGUUGGCCGUGGAAGUCAAGUCGACGAGGCUGCAGCUUGUCAUUUCGAAGGGCGCAAAGUCACCAUGUCAAGAGUGGGCACCAAUUCUGUUCAAG